GUCAGUGCGUCAGUGGCUCAGUUGCUCGUUGACUGCGGUGAGGGGAGGAUGUUUCUCGUAGCCUCUCUUGCGCUCUAGCCCUGUGAUGGAGAAACUUCCUGUGUGUGUCGUUUUUCAUGGUGCUCUCUCCGUGCAGUGAAAAUGAAAGUGUUAUGAAUGUAAAAUCUUGAAAUAACACACGCAUAGAAGGAAAAACACAGCUGGCACGCACACACAUCAGCUCAUUAGCUUUGAACUGUUCACAAGACCAACCUUUACUGAAGUGAACACAGCUUGUCUUGUGCAGCUGUGUAUACGUAUGUAACUGUGAUACGCUUAACCAGAACACAGAACAACCCCACAGUAGAACAGGAUUCCGUGUGUGGUGGUGUGGUACUGUGGUGUGAACAGAACAUAACAGUAACGCUACCGAAUCAUAACAAAAACUGAACGAAACUGAAGAAUCAAACGAUAACUGUGGUGUUGUUGUGGUGGUGGUGGUGGUGGUGAAGGAACAGAGCACAGCAUAACAGUAACACUACCCACUAGGAAAGCUGAACGAGACAGAAUUACGAAUCAAACGCUAAUUGUCGUGGUGUUGUGGUGGCGGUGUGGUGAAUCAUGGGAGGGAAACGCCAUCAACGCAAAGGAGAGGCAAUCAAGUAUGACCCAGAGUUUGCCGGACCACUCAAGAACAGAUCCUGCACUGACAUCAUCUGCCUGCUGCUCUUCUUGGCGUUCCUUGUAGGAUGGGGCAUUGUGACUGGCUUUGCUGUGUAUGGCGGGGACCCAGAGCGCCUGCUGUACCCAACGGAUAGUGAGGGCCGAGUGUGUGGCCGUGGGGAGUUCGUUAACAAGACCUACCUCCUCUUCUUUGACCUCACCCGCUGUGCCUCACCCAAGGUCAUUGCCACUGGCUGUCCCACGCCCCAGGUCUGUGUAAGCAAGUGUCCCUCUGAGAACUGGUUUUACACUGGCGGGGAGACGGAGGCUGACCGCACAAAACUCAUCUGUCGGGAUAAUGUUAACCCCAUGGACACCAGCAAGAAUGUGAAGGAUCUGGUGAUAAAUGGACACUGUGCUUUCUACUAUGUGGAGAGUCGAUCCUUCGGGCGUCGGUGCAUUCCCAGGGACAUCACCUCCAAUGUGGGCACCAUCAUCGAUGCCCUGGAGGCCACUUACUCCUCCAGCUCCACUUCCCCUGUUUAUAGAUUGGAGAUCUUAAAGAAGAUGGUGGAUGCCAUGAAUUAUGUCAUCCGGUUUGCUAGACUUCAGAAGGUAGCUGAGGGAGUGUUCCAGGAUGUGCAGAGAGGAUGGUGGGUGCUGCUUGUAGGAUUUGGAGUUGCCAUGGUCAUCUCCUUCCUAUGGAUCCUCCUCCUCCGCUUCAUUUCCGCCUUCAUGAUCUGGUUCUCCAUCGUUGCAUUCCUUCUCCUCUCUGGGUUUGGUGCCUAUUACACCCUCAACAAGUACCUGACACUCCGAGGAACCAGCAAUGCCACUUUCAGCGACAUGUCUGAGAUGGAGCAAGAGUUCAGUCUGGAGUUCAGCCGCUAUGCUGAGCUGGAGACAACAUGGCUGGUGCUGUUCAUCAUCACUCUUGUCAUCCUGGUGGUCUGCCUCUUCGUCCUUAUCUUCCUCCGCAAAAGGAUUGCCAUCGCUGUGGCUCUCAUCGGCCAGGCUAGCAAGGCAGUAGGUAGCAUCAUGUCAACGCUCUUCUUCCCUCUUGUGCCAUACAUCCUGCAGCUCAUCUUCCUGGUUCUGUUCUGUGGGGUGGCAGUCCUCCUUGCCUCAGCAGGGAAGGCAAACUACCGCAUCAUGUGCAAGAGUGAAGCUGGGUGUGACUGCCCAGCAUACAAGGAGAAUGACACUUGCUCCAUGGAAACCUUUGAUGCAGCCCUGUGCCCAAAUGCCUCCUGCCAGUUCUUUGACUAUGUGGAGGAUCCCAAAGUGCCUUGGUUCCAUGCAUACAACUUAUUUGCUCUCUUCUGGUCCAUGUUUUUUGUGUCGGCCUUUGGAGAAAUGGUGCUGGCAGGAGCUUUUGCCUCUUGGUACUGGGUGUUUGACAAAUCGAAGGUGCCCACCUUCGCUCUCAGCAUGAGCCUGGGACGCACCUUGAGGUACCACACAGGGACGCUGGCCUUCGGGUCCCUCAUCAUUGCCAUUGUGCGCAUGAUCCGAGUCAUCCUGGAAUACAUUGACCACAAGGUGAAACAAAAAACGGACAGUAAGAUCAUACGGGCACUGCUUUGUUGCUGCCGCUGCUGUCUCUGGUGCCUUGAAAAGUUCCUCAAGUUCAUCAACAGGAAUGCUUAUGUGUACUGUGCCAUCUACGGGAAGAACUUCUGUGUGUCAGCCAAGAAUGCCUUCUCACUCAUCAUGCGUAACAUAGUGAGGGUGGUCGUGUUGGACAAGGUGACAGACUUCCUGCUGUUCAUCGGCAAGAUGGUGGUGGUGGGAGGCAUUGGAGUGGCUUCCUUCUUCAUCUUCAGUGGUGAAGUGCCUGGUGUUGGGCCACACCUUCCUGAGAUGAACUACUACCUCACACCAGUCAUCAUCAUCACCAUUGGCACUUUCUUCAUCGCCAGCGCUUUCUUUGAUGUGUAUGCCAUGGCUGUCGACACACUCUUCCUCUGCUUCCUUGAAGACUGCGAGCGUAAUGAUGGGUCGGCUGAGAAGCCAUACUUUAUGAGCAAAGACCUCAUGCACAUACUCAACAAGAAGAACAAGGACGUGGACAAAGAGGACUAGAAGCAUAAGUUCUUACUCCAGCAUCAUUGGUGCAUUCUGCCAAAAAAAAAAAAAAGUUCUUCAUGUGCAUUCCCAGAAAGAGGAACAAGAACAGAGAGGGGCAGUUGGCACCUGUUCUUGCCAUGCUGUCACUGCCACUGCCACCCCUAGAAGCUUUAAGGGUCAUGUUCCAUUUUCCAUUAGCCAAAGUGGAUGUCAGGAUUAGUACCCAAGAGUCCAUUUGUUACUUAGAUUUUUUCUUCAUACCCCCAUUGUCUUCAGGCUAUUUGUGAUUCUUGUGUAUCUACUUUCCUUCAUGUUUUGUAAUUGCCUGGGCUUUCUUACUACUGAUAUUUUGUUUAGCAGGUUGUAAAUGUAACAGGUGGAGCAGAUAUAAGUAAUUGCCCCAUCUGUUGCUGUGAGGCUUCUGUCUGUGCAUGGCAAAAUGAUGAAGAAAAGAAAGGAUGAUGACACGCAUGCUAGGAAAGGAGUAGAAAUUGUAUAAAGCAAAAUGAUGAAGGAAAGAGAGGGUGAUGAUAUGCAUGCUAGGAAAGAGGUGAAAACUGUAUAAAGCAAAAUAGCCUUGUUGUCUUUAAGAUUUACUAUUUCUACUACUUCCUGUUCCUUCUACCACCACUACUACUACUAUCAUUACUGUAAAUAGUAUAUAAUCUGCUCAAACUCAGGCUUAGGACUGGAAUGUAAGCACAACACUUCAUUGUGAUCUUUUGGUGAAAUGAAAGCAACAAAAAAAUCUUGCUUGAUCGAGAUGCAAAGUCAUUAGCAAUUUGGUUCCAGAGCUCGUAUAGACACUGUGCUCUUAGUUGUCAUGAGCCAGAUGUAGACACACAAAGAAAAAGAAAA